AUGUCGAAGAGCUGUGUGAGAGCAUGGAAGAUACCAUGGCCGUUCUACACUGGCAUGCAAAAGUGGACGGAAACGACAUUGAGUUUGUUUUUGGCAGCUCCCCAGAAGAUAGAAAAGCGAUCCGUCGAGAGAAUGGCUCCAGGAUCAAGCACAUAUGAACGGAUUACCAACAUUCAUCCAAACUUCAAGAAGCGACUUCUCAGCUUAUGGAUUCUCGACUUUGACGCAUGCAAACCCAUAUCAAUGGAUGAAAAUGGAGUGCGACUGGCGGUGAAAGCCUUUUUGGAGACCGAUCCUUACUGCCCCCGGCCGUCAACUGAAUGUUAUUUUGCUAAGGAGCUCUGGAAAUUAUUCUGCACCCGAUACAUGCAUACUGCUGCGAGACUCGUGAGAGGCACAAACUACCAUCACCUGCCAAUGAAGUUUAUUCAAGGAAUUUCGAAUGAAUAUAGGCUAGGUGAGGAAAAUCGAAGGGAGACUCAGGUUGCACCUCCCACAGUUGUUAGAGGAAGAGGAGCUGCGGGCAUAAGGAGAGCUAGAAGCAGCGGCAACAUGAUGGGGCGUGGUAGAGGCACUUGGUCGAACCAGCCGGGGCCACAACCAGGAGAACCAGAGCAAUCAGAGCGACAGAGGCAAUUGGAGCAAGCAAAGGCAAAGAAGGGGCUUUCGAGGGAGGAAUAUUGGUCACAGGCAUUGAUAGAACGUGUACGGAGUAAGGCAACGAGAUAA